AUUUUUGCAUUUGAAUGGGAAAACCCCAAAACUGGACGGAAGAAUCAGCUCACAUGGAGAAGGGCAGUUGCUCCAGUACGUGGACGGCCUCCUGAUAGCCACCCAGACCCAGGAAACAUGCGUGGACUGGACGCCUUUAUAUGCCCUGAUCACGGAAGGGAGCAGCGAUCUCCAGUGGACAAGAGAAGCAACCCAAGCCUUCGAUCAACUAAAGAAGGCCCUCAUGUCAGCUCCAGCUUUAGGACUUCCAGACGUGAGUAAACCAUUUUUCUUGUUUUCCCAUGAAAAGCAAGGGAUUGCCUUAGGAAUAUUAGCACAGAACUUGGGCCUGUAUCGGAGAGCAGUGGCUUAUCUCUCCAAACAGCUGGAUACGGCAGCUAAAGGAUGGCCAGGGUGUCUCAGAGCUGUUGCAGCAGUGGCAGUGAACAUCCAGGAAGCGUGCAAAUUCACCCUGGGCCAGAAGAUGACUGUGCUAGUGUCCCACACAGUGUCUGCAGUCCUUGAGGCAAAAGGGGGACAUUGGCUCUCUCCACAGAGGUUUCUGAAGUACCAAGCUGUACUAGUAGAACAAGAUGAUGUUGAAAUUGUGGUAACUAACAUUGUGAAUCCAGCUUCCUUUCUCAGCGGGAGUAUGGGAGAACCAGUGAUCCAUGACUGUCUGGAAAGCAUUGGAGCCACCUACUCCAGCCGCCCGGAUCUGAAGGACACCCCACUCGAAGGUGCUGAGGCUUGGUUUACUGAUGGAAGCAGCUAUGUCAUCAGUGGAAAAAGGCACGCUGGAUAUGCGGUUACCACAAGCAGAGAGGUAAUAGAGUCUGGACCCUUAUCAGCAAACACCUCUGCACAGAAGGCUGAAAUAAUUGCCUUAACUCGAGCCUUAGAGCUGGCGAAAGGAAAGGAGAUUAAUAUCUACACGGACUCAAGGUAUGCAUUCGGGGUGGUUCAUGCACAUGGAGCUAUUUGGAGAGAGAGAAGACUAUUGAAUUCGCAAGGAAAGAAUAUUAAACAUGCACAAGAAAUAUUGAGACUACUAGAUGCAGUACAACUACCUGAGAAAGUAGCCAUCAUGCACAUUAAGGCACACCAAAAAGUGAGCUCUGAAUUGGAAGAAGGGAAUAUGCUGGCGGACAGAGAGGCAAAAGACGCAGCCAAAGGUGAGGUAUUUGAGGAGACAGUGGAAGCAACAUUGAUCCCAGAUGGAAAAAUUUCUAUUGAAGGUAAGCCAGUGUACAAUAAAAAGGAUAAGAAACUUAUUAAGGCAGAAAAAGCAAAUUAUAAUCAAGAAGGAUGGGCUGUAACAGAGGAAGGGAGACUUAUAGUGCCUUCCUAUUUGUUGUGGUCAUUAGUGCAGAAAGAACAUGAAAAGACACAUUGGGGAACAGAUGCCCUGUAUAACCAUCUGAAAGGAAAAAUUAUAGCUAGAAAACUACAGGGUACAGUAAUACAAGUAACUCGUCAGUGCAGCCUUUGCCUCCAAACUAAUCCCCAAAACAUUCCAAAGCCUAAAGUUGGACAAAUUGGGAAAGGUUGUGGACCUGGGCAGCAGUGGCAAAUCGAUUUCACAGAAUUACCCAGAAAGGGGGGAUAUCAUUACCUCCUGGUAUUGACUGAUACCUUUUCAGGUCGGCCAGAAGCUUCUCCUACUAGGACAGCUAAAGCACGAGAGGUAACCAAAGCAUUGUAGCAAGAAAUAAUACCGAGGUUUGGAGUUCCAGCCACCAUAUCCUCAGAUAGAGGGCCACAUUUUAUUUCCAAAAUUGUGCAACAGAUUAGCCACCACCUGGGGAUAGACUGGGAGCUACAUACCCCAUAUCAUCCUCAAUCGAGUGGCCAAGUGGAAAAGAUGAAUCAUUUGAUUAAACAACAAAUUGUGAGAUUGGGACAAGAGGCAAACCUACCUUGGCCCCAGGCUCUCCCAUUAGCAUUAUUGCGAAUCCGGACAAAACCAAGGACAAAAGAAAAACUGAGCCCCUUUGAAAUAUUAUAUGGAAGGCCAUUUGCAGUUCAGGAAGGAACCACACCGACACAAGUAGGGGAGGAAACCCUACAUAAGUAUAUGGUAGCCCUGAAUAAACAACCAAGGGAAGUUCAAAAAUAUGUGGCUGGAGCACAAAACAGAGAAUUAGAUGGACCAGUACACAAUGUACAACCUGGGGAUUAUGUAUAUGCUAAGUCUUUUGCAGAAAAAACCUUGGAACCGCAGCGGGAAGGACCAUGCCAGGUGGUCCUCACCACCUUUACUGCAAUCAAGAUCAAAGAACAGAAGGCCUGGAUCCAUCACUCCCGAGUGAAGAAAGCCCCUGAGGGAGUCUGGAAAGUGACACCAGGUGACAACGAACUGAAGCUGAAGUUCACCUGGAACAGCAAAUAAAUGGACCUAUAGAAAUCAUGGACAUAAUGGAGAAGGUCGUAACUAUUACAGCCAUUGCUAUAGUUGUAACAGGAGCCCAUACAAUGCCACGCAGGUACAACGUAACUGGAAUAUACCGGUGCCAAGGCAGGGCCUACGAUCCCCACUCUCGUAAGGCCCUAAACGAGAUUCUAAAGGUCACAAAUGCACAUUUGUGGGAAGGGAGAAAUGUUUGAGGAUGUAAUUAUACGACAAGGCUGUGUCUGUCUCAGGACAGCAUGCCCCACCGUAA